UACCCGGUGAAGUGACAACUUUCAGAGCGAGCGGUGACACAUUUCCUCAAACUCCGCUCAAAGUUUCAGACAACAGUUUUAACUCUGCGUUUCGGUCUCCUUAUUCAGCCUAAAUGCCGAAGCCUUUGCGGGAAGCUGCGGGUGUGUCUGCCGUCUCCGUUCAUUGCUAGGCGAUGGACAGGCAGCAGGUCACGCUGAGCGUCCAAGAGCCCCGAGUGUCUCCAGACGAAGGCCGGAGGAGGAGGAGGAAGAAAGCCAUCACGCCGCCCUCCUGCGCGUCCAUGGAUCAGAUCACGGUGGAGUUCGUGCUGCCCACCGUGGCGCGGGGGGGGGGCAGCGCCGACACGCUGCUGCUGGAGGUGGCGGGGAACUGGACCGUGGAGCAGGUGAAGGCGCAGGUGUGGAUGAAGGCCGUCACCCUGAACCUCUGCCCCGACUUCUACCAGCGCUACUCCCCCGACCACUGCAUCCUGCUCUACCAGAAGAAGGGCACCGUGUGUGAGAUCUACGACAAGCACCAGGUCUUCCAGACGCUGGACUGCAUCCGCUACUGGAGAGCCCUGAAGAAGGACGUGGGCCGGAUCCAGCUGGUGCCGCGUGCUCAGCCCUCCGACGAGUCGCUCAUGUACCAGCGCUACCUGAACUACCUGAUCGGCUACGACGUCACCGACGUCAGCAACGUCCACGACGACGAGCUGGAGUUCACGCGCAGGAAGCUGCUGACGCCGCGGCGGAUCGAGCUGUCGGACCGGGACCCAAGGCUGUACUCCAUGGACACCUGGGUGACGCGCAAGCCGCUGCCCGAGCACCUGCUGUCCAAGGUGAACAACAGCCAUGUUCUGGUGGUGAUCCACAUCGGCACGGCCAGCCAGACCAUCAAGGUCUCGCUCGAUGAUGCUCCCUCUCAGGUGCUGGCCAGCUUCUUCACCAAGACUGCAAACAAAAGGGCCCUGCUGGGAAUCCCUGACAACACGUGCGACACGGACUUCGUACUGCGUGUGUGCGGCAGGGAGGAGUACCUGUACGGGGAGAAACCCCUGCAAAACUUCAACUGGAUCCGCCAGUGCCUGAAAAGCGGGGAGGAAAUCCACCUGGUUCUGGAGACGCCGCCUGAUCCCGAGCUGGAUCUGGUCCAGAAGGAGGACUGGGCCCAAGUGGACGACUGCACCGGAGUGGCAGGAACCCACGAGCAGUUGACCAUCGACGAGAAAGACCACGAGCGGGUCUUUACCAUCUCCAUGUGGGACUGUAACAGAAAGUUCAGGGUCAAGGUGCUGGGUAUCGACAUCCCAACGCUCCCCAAAGUCCCAGAGUUCAUCGUCUUCAUCGAGGCCAGCAUCUUCCACGGGCAGCAGCUCUUAGCCCAGGAGAGGACGACGUCCAAAACGUUCAAUGAAGAGGUUCUGUGGAACUGCUGGCUGGAGUUCAACAUCAAGAUCAAGGACCUGCCUAAAGGAGCGCGCCUCAACCUCCAGGUGAUCUGCGGGAAGCAGCCCCAGACGCCCAACUCCAAAGGAGGCUCCUACCACGACAACGCGUCGGGAGCCGGCAGCCAUGACGGGAAGAGCAAGAGUCGCCUCCUGUACUACGUGAACCUGCUCCUGGUGGACCACCGCUCUCUGCUGCGCCAGGGCGAGUUCAUCCUCCACAUGUGGAAGAUCCCCGAGAAGAGCGAGGAGAGCAGCAGCAGCAUCAACGCCGACAAGCUGACCUCGGCCACCAACCCGGACAAGGCCAGCUCCAUGGCCGUGGCCAUCCUGCUGGACAAGUACUGCUACCCCGUGGUGCUGCCCAAGAGCCGGGACCUGGGCCGGGACGCGGGCCGGGACCCGGGCCGGGACGCGGCGGGGGCCGAGGAGGCCGACGGAGCCGAGAGGGCUCACAGGGAGAUGCCCAACCACCUGAAGAAGCAGUUUGAGGCCAUCGUGUCCACGGACCCCUUACACCCCCUCAGCCCCGAGGACAAGGAGCUGCUGUGGCACUUCAGACACGCCUGCAUGCGGGACCCCAGGGCGUACCCCAAGCUGCUGGGCUCGGUCCGCUGGGGGCGGCAGGAGGACGUCCUGGCCACGCACCACCUGCUGGAGCGCAGCAGCGCCUGGGACACCAGCGGUCUGGACGUCGGGCUGGUCAUGCAGCUGCUGGACUGCCACUACUCGGACGCCCAGGUUCGCUCCAUGGCCGUCAGGAAGCUGGAGACACUGGAGGAUGACGACGUGCUCCGAUAUCUCCUUCAGCUCGUCCAGGCGGUGAAGUUCGAGCCCUACCACGACAGCGCUCUGGUCCGCUUCCUGCUGAAGCGAGCCCUGAGGAGCAAGCGCAUCGGCCACUUCCUGUUCUGGUUCCUGCGCAGUGAGAUCGCCCAGUCCAUGCACUACCAGCAGCGCUACGCUGUGCUGCUGGAGGCCUACCUGCGGGGCUGCGGGGAGGACAUGCUGCAGGACUUCAGGAAGCAGGUUGAGGUGACGGAGGCGCUGCAGAAAGUCACGCGCGAGAUCAAAGCCAUGUCAGCGGAGAAGUAUGACAUCACAGCACAAGUGGUUUUUCAGCUGCGUCAUAAACUGGAGACUCUGCAGUCUUCCGGCCUGCCGGAGAGCUUCAGAGUGCCGUACGACCCGGGACUGAGAGCCGGGGCCCUCAUGAUUGAACAGUGCAAAGUGAUGGCGUCCAAGAAGAAGCCCCUGUGGCUGCAGUUCAUCCGGGCCGACCCCACCACGCUGUCCAAGGACCCCAUCGGCAUCAUCUUCAAGGACGGAGACGACCUCAGACAGGACAUGCUCAUUCUGCAGAUCCUGCUCAUCAUGGAGUCCAUCUGGGAGACGGAGUCGCUGGAUCUGUGUUUACUACCGUACGGCUGCAUCUCCACGGGCAACAAGAUCGGUAUGAUAGAGAUCGUGAAGGAUGCCACCACUAUCGCUAACAUCCAGCAGAGCGUUGUGGGGAGCACCGGGGCCUUCAAGGAUGAAAUCCUCUGUCAGUGGCUCCGGGACAAGUGCCUCAGCGAGGAAAAGUUCCAGCAGGCCGUGGAGCGGUUCCUGUUCUCCUGCGGGGGGUACUGCGUGGCCACGUACGUCCUGGGGAUCGGGGACCGUCACAACGACAACAUCAUGAUCACCGAAUCAGGGAACCUCUUCCACAUCGACUUCGGCCACAUCCUGGGGAACUACAAGAGCUUCAUGGGAAUCAGUAAGGAGUGGGUCCCCUUUGUGCUCACUCCAGACUUCCUGUACGUCAUGGGAACGUCGGGGAAGAAAAGCAGCCCCCACUUCCAGAAGUUCCAGGAUGUGUGUGUGAAGGCCUACCUCGCCCUGCGCCACCACACCAACCUCCUCAUCAUCCUCUUCUCCAUGAUGCUCAUGACUGGUAUGCCCCAGCUGACCAGCAAGGAGGACAUCGAGUACAUCCGGGAGGCGCUGACCGUGGGCCGCAGCGAGGACGAGGCGCAGCGCCACCUGCUGGACCAGAUUGAGAUCUGCCGGGAGAAAGGUUGGAUGGUUCAGAUCAACUGGUUCGUCCAUCUGGUGCUGGGGAUCAAGCAGGGCGUGGAGAAACGCUCCACCUAGGACACACCGGGGGACAAAAACAUCUUUUAGUCCUCUAAAAGAUCCAGGAACCAAAGAACUGAAAGAUUGCACAGAAAUAUACGUAUAUUUGUAUAGAUAUAUAUAUUUUUCUUUUAACAUACUUCAUAAAGACCCUGCAGAUGUAUUUUAGACCAUCAGACCACCUAAAAUAUUUAAGAAAAAUCGUUUUUGUUUCUUUUCUUUUUGAUUUAAACGUGUUUUAUUCUGUGUAGAGAAGAGACCAAAUUAUAAACUUUUUAUAUAUAUAUUUUUAAAAAAAAGGAUGCUUUUAAGCAUUUCAAUCAAGUCAUAUCAGCCCUUUUUUAUUUUUGCAAGAAAUCUUUUUCCAAUUUGUGCCAUAUAAUGUACAUUUUUAAAAGGUUUUAUCAACAACAUGCAGGAGGCCAUGAAAGCACCUGAGGGCUCCAGACAGAGGUUGCAGACGGUCCUGUGUUGUCGCUUCCACAUUAACACUGUUUUUAUUGACGCUGGCUGCUGCAAUAUCGACGCAAUGUCUUAAAAAAUGAACUUUUUAAUGUAAAAAUGCACUUCCAUGCUGCCGUAAAGCAUCUUAGUGGAUGGUCCACUGGCUGUGGGGGCAGUUUGCUGCUGGAUUCAUGCUUGCCUUGCUUCUC